AUGGAUCCUGCCCCGGAGGAGCCUGAGGAGGUGACCACGGUGACCGUGGCCAACGUGGGCGCCUCCGCAGACAACGUCUUCACCACGUCCGUGGCGAAUGCCGCCUCCCUCUCGGGACACGUUCUGUCUGGCAGGACGGCGCUGCAGAUCGGGGACAGCCUGAACACCGAGAAGGCCACGUUGAUUGUCGUGCACACGGACGGGAGCAUCGUGGAGACGGCCGGGCUGAAGGGGCCAGCUGCUCCGCUUACUCCAGGCCCUCAGUGUCCUCCAAGUCCUGCGGCUCCCGGCCAAGAAAGAGGUGGGACCAAAUACAACUGGGACCCCUCCGUGUACGACAGCGAGCUGCCCGUGCGCUGCCGGAACAUCAGUGGCACGCUGUUCAAGAGCCGGCUGGGCUCAGGAGGCCGGGGCCGAUGCAUUAAGCAGGGGGAGAACUGGUACAGUCCAACCGAGUUUGAAGCCAUGGCAGGAAGAGCCAGCAGUAAAGACUGGAAGAGAAGCAUUCGCUACGCGGGCAGGCCGUUGCAGUGCCUCAUUCAGGACGGGAUCCUAAACCCUCAUGCUGCGUCUUGCACUUGUGCUGCCUGCUGUGAUGACAUGACCUUGAGCGGUCCGGUCAGGCUCUUUGUCCCCUACAAAAGGCGCAAGAAGGAGAACGAGCUGCCCACAACCCCCGUGAAGAAGGAGCCCCCCAAGAACAUCACGCUGCUGCCCGCCACAGCUGCCACCGCCUUCACCGUGACCCCCUCAGGACAGAUCACUACCUCGGGCGCGCUGACCUUUGACCGGGCAUCCACUGUGGAGGCUACCGCCGUCAUUUCAGAGAGCCCAGCCCAGAGCGAUGUCUUCGCGGGAGCCACGGUACAAGAGGCAGGUGUGCAGCCCCCAUGCAGAGUCGGCCACCCGGAGCCCCACUACCCAGGCUACCAGGACAGCUGUCAGAUCGCACCGUUUCCAGAAGCCGCGUUGCCAACAUCUCAUCCCAAAAUAGUGUUGACCUCUCUGCCGGCCUUGGCAGUUCCACCCUCCACCCCCACCAAAGCUGUGUCUCCCACGGUGGUCAACGGGCUGGAAAUGUCAGAACCGCGGAGCUGGCUGUACCUGGAAGAGAUGGUCAACUCCUUGCUCAGUACGGCACAGCAGCUGAAGACGCUGUUCGAGCAAGCCAAGCAGGCCAGCUCCUACCGAGAAGCUGCCGUGGCCCAGGCCAGAGUCCAGGCAGAGACAGAGCGGAAAGAGCAGUCCUGUGUCAACUGCGGCCGGGAGGCCCUGAGCGAGUGCACCGGCUGCCCCUCAGACUGCGUCCUUCCUGCAGCCCACAUGUGGGGUGCACCUUCACGGAGGUGUAACAGCCACACCACAGCAUUUGCCCGUUUUCAGGGCACAAUUCAGGGAUUUUUCAAAAUGUACAUCAUACUUGUGCAAACAGCACAAUUCCGUUUUAGAACCGCCCAUCACCCCAGAAAGACGCACUGGCCCCCCACAAAUCUACUUGCCUUCUGUGGGCAGCUCAGUACCUGGAGUCCUGUGCUGUGUGGUCUCGGCAUCUGGCUUCUCAGCUCCGUGUUUCCCCAGCUCAUUCAUUGCAAGGACUGGAAGGACCACCAGCACCUGUGCGGUCAGUCGGCAGCUGUCACUGUCCAGGCGGACGAAGUCCACGUCACUGACAGUGUGAUGGAGAAAGUCACCGUGUGAGGGUCCCCGGGUCCCCCCUCCACGGUGCCGCGGGGCUGCCGCGGGUCGGGCACUUUGGGGGACGUUGAGGAGAAGGUGAAAACACUUGCUGGUCAAGUUGUUAACAGACUUUAAGUGACCUGCGCCCUUGGAAAUGAGCUCCUGCCACCCAGAAGCCCUGAGGGAGGUCGAGGCAGCGGCUGGUGGACGCAGGCCCCGGGCCCUUGGCGCCUUCCCACGGUGCUCUUUUUUAUCCCCUGGCUCGUGAGCAUCCGGUCUUACCCACGGUGUGACGUGUGCAGUAACACACGUGUACAUAACAUGUGUCUGUCAAUAAAGUUGACUUCCCUGCCCCACCAGGA